AUGCGUUUCUCUCUUACUGCUGCUUUUAUUGGCGCUGCUGCCAUGAUCUCCUCCGUCUCUGCUGACUACUACAACCGUCUCAACGUCAAGGAUGCUGCCUUUUUGUUUGUUGAUCAUCAAACUGGUCUCUUGAAUUUGGUUCAAGAUUACAAUCCUGAUACCUACUUGAACAACGUGAUGGGUUUGGCCGAGUCUGCCAAGUAUUUCAAGUCUCCUGUCGUCCUCACUACCUCUCGUGAAGAUGGCCCCAACGGUGUCUUGCUCCCUGAACUCAAGGCUUUGUUCCCCAAUUCUAGCUACGUUGCUAGACCUGGUCAAAUCAAUGCUUGGGAUUCCGCUGAAUUCCGUUCUGCUGUCAAGAAGACUGGCAAGAAGCAAUUGAUUAUCUCUGGUAUUGUCACUGAUGUUUGUGUUACUUUUGUUGCUCUUUCUGCAAAGAAGGCUGGUUAUGAGGUCUUUGUUGUUACCGAUGCUUCCGGUACCUUCAGCGAGGCUGUCCGCGAUGCUUCUUGGUUGAGAAUGCAACAAGGCGGUAUUCAACUCAUGAACUGGUUCGGUGUUGCUUGUGAAUUGGGUCGCGAUUGGCGCAAGGAUAUCAACGGUAUGGCUGCCUUGUUUGCUAAGCGUUUGCCUUCUUAUGCUCACAUUAUGGAUUCCUUUGCUGGUGCCCAAGCUGCUGUCAAGGCUUCCUCUUAA